UUCCUUCCAGUGCAGCAGACUCCCAUGCCCCCUGCCUUCCUCCCCCAGGAUGAGACCUCUCAUUGCCCUGGCUUUCUUUUGCCUCCUGGCACCCUUGGCUGCUGGGAACCUGGUUCAGUUUGGAGUGAUGAUUGAGAAAAUGACCGGAAAGUCCCCGCUGCAGUACAACGACUACGGCUGUUACUGUGGCCUCGGUGGCUCCAAUUUGCCGGUGGACCAGACGGAUUGGUGUUGCCAUGCCCAUGACUGCUGUUAUGGCCACCUGAGUAAGCUGGGCUGUGACCCCAAGCUGGAAAAGUACCUCUUCUCUGUCACUCGGGACAACAUCUUCUGUGCUGGUAGAACGGCUUGCCAGCGGCGGACCUGUGAGUGUGACAGGAGAGCCGCUCUCUGCUUCCGCCACAACCUGGGCACUUACAACCGCAAGUAUGCCCACUACUGCAAAAAGCUGUGCACUGGGCCCACCCCGCCCUGCUGAGGCCCUGCUUGGCUCCAUAGCCACCUCAGGCUGCUGACGUCCAAGGCCUGGAGAAGCUAGCAACCCAGAUUCUUCUCCUGCAAUCUCAUCCUGCCCCUCAGAGAUCAUGGGCCCUGGUCUCUGGCCUCCAGGGCUGCACCUGGUCCCCAGGAUCAGCUAAGGAAGCCACGGGAUUUGUGAGAGCUCACAAGACCCACUAAAUCUCUAGCAUCUCAGUUCCCUCUUCUGAAUAAAAGAAUUCUAUUUCCCUGUAA